AUGGGUCAACUUGCAACUGAGGUAGCACUCUUGAAAAAGAGCAAAGGUCAACUACCGAGUGACACGGUGACAAACCCCAAAAAUAUCAAAAGCGUUAACAUCAAUGUGGUAAGCACCGUUCCUAAUAGUGAAUUUAAUGAAACAUUUCUAACCUCUUUGUGUCAAGUGAAUGCAGGUAUAGGAAAGGACGCCGAAGUUGAAAUUGACAAAGAGCAUGGAGCACCACUCGUGCCUAUCCGAGUGGGAAAAUUGAAAAUUCCUCAAGCAUUAUUGGACUACGGGGCAGGCAUGAGUGUGUUACCAGGCGAUUUAUAUGAUAUCUAUGACUUUGGCCGGCUUCAAGAUAUAGACACCAUGGUGAGCUUGGCGGAUGAAAUUUGGAGGCGUCCACGGGGAGUGGUUAGGAAUGUUAUGAUUCGAUUGGGAGAAUUUGAAUGCCCGGUGGAUUUUUUGGUCCUAGACUAUGCUUCUACCAAAAUGGCAGCACAACAAAGGGUAAUCUUAGGUCGACCGUUUCUAUACACAGCAAAUGCUCAAAUCAAUUAUAGAGACGGGAUUAUUACUAUGACCGAAAAGAACCGUAAGUUGUCCUUUGAUGUUCAAACUAGAGUGAUUAGUUAUGAGUCCAUUGAGGGGAAGGAUAGCGAGUCUAGUGAUUGUAUGAAAAAGGUGUGUCAAAGAAUGAAAAUAAAUCACCCACCGGAUCGUGAAGAAAAGCAUACGGGAUCAAGUAGGAGUGUAUUUGAUUACUCACCGAAUCGAAACGGGACGGAUGCAUUUUACUGA